UAUCACGUUUAACCACCACAUAAGUUUCAUCAAAUUCUUCGUCACUUUUAUAAUCUGAAAUGACAAAAAGGUCCCAUUAGUUUAUCAAGGCUCUCAUUUUCUUCCAAAUCGAAUUCAACUUUGGCAGGAUUUUUAUGAUCUAGCGCUAACUUUAUCUUCAAAUAAAAAAUGAGAAAGAAACAAAAAGGUAGAAGAAACUCUCCUUUCACAACCUUCAAAUAUGAAGAGAAAUAAACAAAAAGGUAGAAGAAACACUCCUUUCACAACCUUGUUCUGCAACAAUGCACUCUGGAAAAGGUUUACUGAAUGCAUUACUUCAGUUUCUUCUUCUCCAGUUGUGCAAUUCUUCUACCACGAACAUCACUUUUGACCAAUCAAUCAGACACGGUGACUUGUUGCUCUCCCACGACGAGACCUUUGUGCUUGGAUUCUUCAGCCCUGGCACAUCCAGAAAACGCUGUGUUGGAAUUUGGUACAAUUUCUCAGAAGACAUGGCUGUGUGGGUAGCUAACAGAGACGAUCCUGUCAAUGAUACCUUAGGAAUUCUCACAAUUAGUACUGAUGGAAAUCUCGUUCUAUUGCAUAGUAAUAGGCAAGGCCUCCCGCUGUGGUCAUCAAAUGUUUCUGUCUCACCAACAAGUACCACUAAUACCAUGGCGCAACUCCUGGAUACAGGAAAUCUAGUUUUGGUUAAUCAAGACACCAACCACAACAGUGUCUUAUGGCAGAGCUUUGAUCAUCCCACACAUGUUCUUCUUCCAAAUAUGAAAAUUGGGAUGGACCAUGGUAAGAACCUGUAUCUCACAUCGUGGAACUCAAACAAUGACCCUGGAACGGGGAAUUGCUCAUUUACGACAGAACCAUAUGGAUCCCCUCAGAUAAUAUUGUACAACAAUCAUGCUAAGUGGUGGCGGUUAAGUGAACCCGAUGCGGUUUUUGUGAGUGAGUCACCUAAGAUAAGCAGGCGAAGCAGCAGUGAUACAUUUGACAUAAUUCUUGUGAAGAAUGAAGAUGAGAUUACGACGCCAUGGGCUGUUCUUGACCAUUCGGUUUUCUCAAUAAUAGUGAUAUCUGAGUCUGAUACAUCCGCAUCAGUUAAACAGCUAGCAUGGCAGGGGAAGCAGCAGGGGUGGGUUGUCGUUUGGUCAGCACCAACGGAUGUCUGUGACAAGUAUGGUACAUGUGGUCCAUUUGGAGUUUGCAAUACACACACGGCUAAAACUGGAUGAAAUGUGCAUGCUUUCCUGGAUACGAACCCAACUUCCCACAGGAUUGGAAAUUAAGAGAAGGGUCAGGUGGGUGCAAGAGGCAACAGGGGGCUCCAUCCAUGUGUAGGAACGGUGAGGGGUUUGUAAGGAUGGACAAUGUGAAUGUUCCAGAUACUUCCACAGUCGAAUUGGACAAGAAUAUGAGUAUGGAAGCAUGUGAGCAGAAGUGUUUGAGUAACUGCUCUUGCCUGGCAUAUGCCAGUGCAGAUAUCAGGAAUGGAAGAAGUGGAUGUAUGACCUGGUAUGGAGAUUUAAUGGAUACUAAGCAGUAUAUUGAAUGACAAGGACAAGACUUUUUACAUACGUGCUGAUGCAAUAGUGGCAGGUACUUUAUUCUGUAAGAAUUUCUUCAUCUAUCAUUCCAUAUGUUUUAUUUAUCGUGCAUUGACAAUAUCCAAGUAUAUUUUCCCUGUUUUCCCACUCUUUAGCAAGAUAUGCAAAGAAGUCAAAGAGGUUCCUUGCCAAAAAGGGGAUGUUGUUGAUUUUGGUAUUGCCAACUAUUGCAAUGAUAUUCAUUAUAUUUUCUGCACGUUGGUGUUCAAGGAGGAAGACAAAAAGUAAGCAAAACUUCUUGAUCAAGAUAUAUAUUUUAUUUCAGAUCAUAAUAAUUAUUGACUUCUUUGAUAAUCUAUGAAGCAUAGUGUGUAAAAGGGAAGCCAAAAAUGGUUACUGGCACAAAACAUGCUACUUCAAUCUAUGUUUUAAAGGAUCUCUGAGGCAAAUGAAGCAUGAUGACAGUAAAAUUCCACUGACCUCGCAUGAUGGGGAAAUGAACCAAGACCUGGCAUUUUUUGACGUAAACAGCAUAGUUGUUGCCACAGACAACUUUUCCAUUGCUAACAAGCUCGGCGAAGGUGGUUUUGGCUCAGUC